GAAACCAUCUUCACGGACCUCCCCUAUGACAUUAGCUCGUAUAUCACUUCCAUGUCGAGCGAGAAUCCAUCCAUCUCCACUCAGGACAUUUUCAAGCCGCUCGCCCCCCAGUCUUCCUCCGCGGAGGUGUCAACUUCAGCCACUGCUAAUGCAUUCGAGCCCUCUUUAGGUGCAUUUUCCGAUUCAGCGUCCCCCGCUGACUCACACUCGCCAUCGCAGUCGGCCCACGCGGACGACCAACCAUCGGAUAGCGACGACGAUUCAGACGAUAUGGAGGACGAUUUUAUAGCUUCCUCUUCCAAGAGGGCCACAACCUCCAGAGGCAAGGGCGCUAACACUACCGCAAAGAGCAAGCGCUCAGCAACCAAGCCCAAGCCAUAUCCUCGUGUAUCAGACGUUGUUCGCGAUGCUCCACACAAACUUGCCGCAGAUGGCAAGCGUCAACCAGCAACCACCGAGCUCAAGGGUUCCGUGAGAUCGGCUGAUGCCGCAGACGAUGAUUGGAGACCAACGAUGGAGGAAUACCAAAGGAUGUCGAGCAAAGAGAAACGUCAACUUCGUAACAAGAUCUCAGCACGCAACUUCCAAUACAUUACCACGCUCGAAGGCGAGGUAGCAGCUCGUGAUCAGCAACUCGAAACCUACCGUGAAGAGCUCACAAGCACCAGGUCCGAGAACUCUGAGCUUCGCAAGGAAAUCGAGCGUCUCAAGCGAGAAAUCAUGGAGGGCCGCAGCGGUGGAUCCAUCUUUGAAGAUUCGCCCGUUGAAACCAAGCCUAAUGUAUUGCUCGAGACCAGUAACAAGUCGACCCGCGCAUCGCGCAGCUCCAUCGUCCGUCCCAACCGCAACAAGGAUCUUCCAUCGUCAGGAUCCACCCGCGGGUUCUGGGGUGGAGCCACAAUGGGUGGUACCACAUCUGUUCACACUACGCUCAUUCCCGACUUUGAUAUCA